CAUUCACGUGUCCUAAUAUGUUAGCUUAGGAUCGAAUCCAAAGCCGAGGUGGCUUUAGAACUUACAAAUGAAAGAUGCCCACAUCGCUGAAGCCAAUCAGAAAAUAGUUGCACUUCGAAGUUGUUUUUUUAGUGUUAAAAGGAUAGGAUAGGAUGUUCAAUCUUUUUCCAUUUUUUUAACUAGUAGUUAUCCACAAUAAAAGGACAAUGAAUUAGGCUGACGCGGCGCAAACUGAUGGGUGAGAAGAAGUGGACCACCAAGGAUCCAAUCGUAGACGAAGACGCCUUUUCACCGAGGUUCCCAGAUAAGGCCUUGAUCGGACUUAUUUAGCCACGUGGGUCUCGAGAAAAAACAUAGCAUCGGCCUCGUCACCAUUUGAAAACGACCCAAUGAGCCCCACUCCCACUUAACCCCAACCCAAAGCCCAGGUCCAAAACACUACUCUCCUUUUUACUCCUCAUUCCUCCACUCUUCGUCAUAUUUCUCACAUGGUCGCUGGUCCUACGAUGGACCGCUUCCUCGGUGUUACCUCCGCAUCCUCCGCCGCCGCCAACGACGGAGACGAACUCACCGAAGACGAUAUUUUCUGGACCACCACCGAUUUUACAGAACAAAACCACCACCAGCCGCCUUCCGCUACCACAGCCAAUUCCCAUAAUCGCCGCCCGUCCUUUUCGCACAGUUCCGGAAUCCUCGCCGCAUUGCCGGAAACGAAUCACUACCAAAUCCUCUAUCGGAAACCGACGGUUCCUUCUUCUUCACCAACCGUCAAGGUGGGACCAACGAUUCCUCGACCAACGCCGCAGGAAAGAGAGUAUUCUAGGAAGUUCCAGCAGCAACAGUCGGCACCGGUGAACGUGCCGCUUCUGUCGAUGACGAUGGCGAGGGAAAGGAACAAGAAGUUUCUGGAAGUUGAUUACUACGAUGAGGAUGGAGAGCAGGAGAUGCUGCCGCCUCAUGAAAUCGUGGCGAGAGGUUCUGGGGUGUCGCCGAAGACAACUUUUUCGGUGCUUGAAGGAGUAGGGAGGACUUUGAAAGGCAGAGAUCUUAGGCAGGUCAGAAAUGCUAUUUGGCGUAAAACUGGGUUUCUUGAUUGAUUUUUCUAUUUGUAUUGAGUUUGGUAAAUGGGUAUAUUUAAUAUUUUCCUGAGGAUUUUCUUGUUUUAAGGUCAGGCGAAGUUGGACAAUGAAGUGGAAGAUGACUUAAUUUUGUAGAUUUUUGUACAAUGAAAUAUUUAAUCAUGGAAUUUUCUACUGUAGAAUUCAUGACGUACACUUACAUCUUCCUAAUUGUUGUUUUAGGUUC